AGCGCAUCGCGGGAGUCGUAGUUUACGCAGGCCGUGCCAGCUUGUUGCCUGACGUCUGGAGGAGCAUUAUACAUGAGGAUCUCUGCAGAGGGAAGUCCAUCAUAGACAUGAAAAUAGAGGCCAGGUGUGUUUGAGGUUUUGGAAACAUGUCCAAGAAAAGGGGCAGGAAGCGCAGCAGCGGCGAGCUGAGCGACAGUCUCACACCGGAUCCCAACAACCUGCUGGGCCGACGGAUCCAGCACAGCUGGAGGGAGAAGGGCGCUCUGACCAAGUGGAAGGGCACGGUGCUGGACCGCCUCAGCGUCAACUCCUCUCUCUUCAUGGUCAAGUACGACGGCUUCGACUGCGUCUACGGCAUCGAGCUCUUUAAGGACGAGCGAGUCUCUAACCUGCAGGUUCUCACCGAGAAAGUGGUGAACAACAAGAUCAAGGUUCCUCAUGACGCAGAGGAGCUGGUGGGAAAAGCCGUGGAGCAUCUGUUUGAGAAGGAGGACGGAGAGAAGAACGAGUGGAGGGGGAUGGUCCUGUCCCGAGCGCCCAUCAUGACCAACUGGUACUACAUCACGUAUGAGAAGGACCCCGUGCUCUACAUGUACCAGCUCUGGGACGACUACAAAGACGGAGACCUCCGGAUUUUACCCGAAGCAGAGAACAAGCACCUGCUCCCCGCAGACAGGAAGCCCGGCGAGGAAACGGAGAGCCUCGUGGGUAAGCAGGUGGAGUACGUGACGGAUAAAGGGGUGAAGAGAACAGGCCUCGUCAUCUACCAAGUUCCCGCCAAGCCGUCCGUCUACUACAUCAAAUACGACGACGAUUUCCACAUCCACGUGUACGACCUGGUCAAGACCACCUAAACGAAAAAAAAAAACACAGACAAAACAAAGAAACCCGAGACGAACCCACAGCGCUUCACCUCUUCAUAGCUUAAGUAUCGUCCUCAGCCUCUCGUUGUACAGUCUGCCGUGCCUCGCCGCGAAGGGCUGGCCGUGGAGGUGCUGUGCAAAGCGUCCGUGUACAGGGUUUGUUAGCUUAGGGAGACGAUUUUUACAGUUGUCAUAUCAAAAAAACGGUGUAUUUAUACAUGUGCGUCGGGCGUCAUUUGGUAUGUUUAUAUAAUCCCAUGGAAUAGCUUCCGUUCACCCGUUAACCGCGGAGAAAGUCGCGUUUUCGUAAUGUACGAAUGUUCAAGGUGUUUUGAAUUGUAAAUAGCACUUGGGGGGGGAGAAAAAAAAGAAAAAAGUCACGUCGGAGACAUUCGAUUACGAAUCGUACGGGCGAGACUCUAACUGACCUAUUUAUUGAACUAAUACGCUUCGUAACCCAGAAUUGCUGUUAAAACGUUUGGUAUCAUGCGACGCGUAUUGUGGCAUAUAGUUGCGUUUCCCCCCCCACAUCUGCCGUUGAAGAGGGUUGCCCCGUUUCGUCCCGUGUGAAAUAAUUAACGCUUUACCGUUUGUUUGGUUGUUAAACAGCAGAGGAGCGCUUGUAUCCGAACUACAGCUGCGGUUUUUGAAUGUCAAGCAUAGCAAAAAUGAAAAGGGCCUCCCGUUGAUUGUAGAGAAGAUCGUUGCAAACCCGUUGCAACAAUAAGAGUUUAUGUAGCCCGGAUUUAGUAGGCCUCGGUUUAGAAAACACAAACCCAAUCCAGCAGGCUGGAUAGACCUGUUAGACCUCUACAAAACACCGUAACAUCUGCCUUACUGUGAAAUAAAUUGGUCUUAAGUGAUUUUUUUUUUUUGGAUCAAAUUCACUAUAUUUAUGCUCAUGUUUUUGUCCCAGCCGAACUGAGCAGAGCUUUAUGAUUUCAUGAGUUUUAAUGUCAUUUUGAUAUUUUUUUUUUUGUCGGUUCAACUCAUCAUUACAGCCCUUUACCGUGAUAAAACAGCAGAACAACCGUCUUUUGUGACUCUUUUUGCAUCGCUUAGCGCUUUAUUGUAAAUGCUGUUCAUUUCUCCGUGAUAAUUGGCCACCUGUUCGUGACUUUUUUUGCUUGUAGCAUUCGCACUUUAUUCUUACAACGUCGUCUGUAGCUCCAAAGUGACGUCGAUUAAAGUCAAAAUGACUUGUUUCAGCUCUUACCCGAUAGGCAUCGCUAAAACAAACUAAUUGGAAGCAAUUUCAGUAAUUGUGCAACAUAUUUAUGAUAUUAUGUGUUUUUAUUAACCCAACCCCGUAUAUAUUUAUAGCAAACUAAAUUGAUCGCAUUAAAUAUAUUAUUACUAUGUUAUUAUACUAUUAUUACUACCUAAAACUGACUCGUAUACGGACGUCUUUGGUCAUGUAAAUGUAAUGCAUUUAAAUGGGGAUGUCUUAUGUAAAUGCCGAUCUUUUUCUGCUGUGCUUUGCAUGUGUUUUUGGAUUUUUUUCUUCAGUACCUUCGCACAGAUUCAUUGUGUAGUUUUGUUCUGGUUGGAUAUUCAGUGUCAAAAACACACCUCGCGUUUAAUUUAUUUUUUGGAAAAAUGUAUUUUUUUUCCACCUCUGGGCAUAUUAAAUCUUUUGGGCAACCCAGUUUGGGGUCACGGGAAAGUAUUGCUCAGUGAAAUGCAUAUUUCUGUAAACGAACUGCUCUGAUUUCAGCUGUUCACAUGGAUUGAGUUUGUGGUCCGUUUGCCAUCACACCAGGUGGAUCGCUCUCUCUGUAUAUUCUCCAUUGUGCUUUAAAAACACUUGUACUAUAUUUCUGCUUUCCCUGUAGACGAGAGGUUUGAUGAUUUCGACAUGUUCAGGGUUUCAUCCUCAGCAGGAUUCUGCGGUUUUUUCCUUUCUCAUUACUGUGAACGAGUAAUUCUCUCUGGCUUCUUUGUAAAUGUGUUUUAUCGUGUGUUCUGCGAGCUUCUGCCGGUUCCUCUGGUUCUUCUAUUUAAUCCGUUCUUUUGCUGCUUUUUACCAAAGUUACGUUUCAGUAGGUGACGUUGAGGAGUGUCGAACUAUUCAUCCUGUCUGUUUGUGUAAUGAUGUUAUCGUAAAUAAUAAAAGAGAUAUUUUUUGCACUGAAAA